CACUUCGCUACCUGCGGUUCAACGACAACCUCAACCUCAAUCACCCACAACCCUUGACAAUUUCGACGAGGUCUUUAAUCACUCAAGAUGUCGUCAAGCGCCAAAGUCAAGCCCGGCCAACUCUGGGGCAAGGGAAAGGAUGAUUUGCAGAAGCAACUCGACGAGCUCAAGACCGAAUUGGGAUCCCUAAGAGUCCAGAAGAUUUCCGGCGGUGCUACGUCAAAAUUGACCAGAAUACAUGAUCUCCGCAAAUCAAUUGCCCGCGUUUUGACCGUCAUCAACGCCAACCAACGACACCAACUGCGACUCUUCUACGCCAAGAAGAAGUACCUCCCUCUGGAUCUCCGAGCAAAGCAGACCCGUGCCAUCCGACGACGAUUGAGCAAGAAGGACGCCAGCCGAGUCACCGAGAAGCAAAAGAAGAAGCAGACCCAUUUCCCUGCGCGGAAAUAUGCCAUCAAGGCCGAAUAGAGAGACCGUCGUUGAGAGUUUUGGUCGGACAACAACAGCGUGGUUAACAGUGGUCGCGAGCUUUUCAUGCUGAUGAUGGACGACUAUUGCGAUUCUUCGAGAUGAGGGUGAGGGUGGGGUGGUCGGAGAUGAUAACCUUUGUGCGCCAGACCGGGAAGAAUCUUGACUAGUUGACUUAUGGCUUGGUGGUUGCUGUGAAGCAUGCUACUAUAAGUCAUGGCGCUGCAAAAUUUCUACUUUGGUGAUGGAUAAAGGAUAGUCAUAUCAUGACCUGCAUGGAUGUAAAUCAAAUCUUGCGCGAUGCAGACUUGAGAAGCAACAUGCCAGGAGAAAUGGCCUACGGAGUUCUUGCUAUGCAAGGAUUUAGACGCCUAGCCAAUUUAAAAACGAAAAAAGAAUCACAAUCGUAUGUCCACAUUUAUUUGCAGGACCAGUGAACGAUCCAGACUCUUUGUUUGAGUCCUUAUAGUCAUGCCGUACAUUGCGUCUAUGUCGAC